CGUCGAGAGCAGCUUCCUCACCGAGCAAGUGGAGAGCAUAAAAAAAAUCUCGGAGUACGUGAGCCAGCUCCGAAGAACAGGCCAAGGACAUGGGGUGUACCACUUGGAUCUCCAUCUCCAAAAUGCCGACAUAGAAGAGACAGUGUAGAAGAGGCGCAUUAGUGAUGACGUGGCACUAUGAUGACGUGAAAGGAAUAAAACCGGAACCAAAUUUCUAGGGUUAGGUUGUGGGAAGAGGAAGAAGAUGAGUGGCCAUAUCGCGCAGGAUUGGGAGCCCGUGGUGAUCAGGAAGAAGGGGGUCGCUGCCGGGCAGCGGCGCGAUGAGAAGGCCGUGAACGAGGCGCGUCGCAGUGGCGGCCCGAUCGAGACGAUUAAGAAGUUCAAUGCGGGGUCGAACAAGGCAGCGACAAGCACGCCGGGAAUUAACACCAAGAAGCUCGAUGACGAGACCGAGGAGCUCGCCCACGAGCGCGUUCCGACUGACCUGAAGAAGAACAUCAUCCAAGCCCGGACGGAGAAGAAACUGACACAGGCACAGCUUGCACAGCUGAUCAACGAGAAGCCUCAGGUCAUCCAAGAGUAUGAAUCUGGAAAAGCCAUCCCCAACCAGCAGAUAAUCUCCAAGCUCGAGCGCGCGCUGGGAGCCAAGCUUAGAAACAAGAAGUGAGUAGUUUCUCUUAUUUCCUCUUGUGAAAGUGUCGUAACUGUCGUCGUUGCGAACAAAACUAUGCUUUUACAAACAA